UAAACAAGUCAAGAGAAUUCGUAUUCUCCCCCCUCCAACAAUUUUCGUUCUAAAUUAGUAACUAACCACCUUUUUAAUCACACACUAAUUCUCUCCCACGAAAAAAAAGAUCACACAAUAAUAUAAUGAAGCAUCCAUUUUGUCCUAAUCAACUCCAAAGAAACGCCAUCCCUUUUGUUCUCCUCCUCUUCUCCAUCACUCCGUUACUCACCCAUCGCAACUCUCUCGUUUCCGGAUCCUCCGUUUCCGAACGCAUUGCCAAACGCCCCGACCCUCUAAGGAAAUUCAAACAUUAUGCCGGAAAUUUCGAUAUUAGGAACAAACAUUAUUGGGCUUCAGCGGCAUUUACGGGAAUUCAUGGCUAUGCGGUGGCGGGGGUGUGGUUGCUAUGUGGCGUGGGGUUUGGUGUUUUUGUGGUUGUAAAGAAUUUAAUUAGCACGUUUCCGAUUGUGGAUCGUUCGAACUCGUCGAAUAUAAUAGUGUUCUUGCUUAUUAUCCUAUUUACCAUUUUUGCCAUUGGUUGUAGUAGUGUGGCAAUAGCAGCAAACGAGAAGUCGUCGCAGAGGGCAGAAAAGCUCGAAGAAAUUAUAUUCGGUGCUGGUGAAGACGCUUCACUAACCAUAGCAAAAGUUAAAUCUACUAUGGUACAAAUGCACACUCUCUUACUCCCGUACGACUCCAAAACGUGCGACCUUCUCGAUUUGAUCGCGCACCGUCUGAGGAAAGUGUCGUUGACCGUCAACACUUUUGUCCAAAGUUCAAGAAAAUAUUGGGACAGAGCUAUUCAAACCUUAUACGUGGUGAAUGUAGUUGUCGUUUCGAUCGACUUGGUUGCGUUAGUUGCUGGAUUUGUUCUGCUUGCCUUGCAAAAUCGUCCCGGUAUUAUCGUAUUAAUCUUCUGUUGCUGGAUUCUUACAACGUUGAGCUGGAUUCUAACCGGUGUCGAUUUCUUCUUCUACAAUUUUAUUGGGGAUACUUGUUCAACUUUGAAGAAUUUCGAAGAAGACCCUCAAAACAACAGCCUUAUGGACAUGCUCCCUUGUCCCAAUUUCACAUCUUCUGCCCAAACUUUAGAGCAAAUUAAUUACAGCGUCCACAGUUUCAUAUCUGAGAUAAACUCAAAGAUUGAAGAAGUGCUUAUUCAAAUCAACGAUCAAAACGAAGAAGUAUCGUUCCCGGAAGUUUGCGACCCUUUCUCCUCCGCGCCGGAUUACGCCUACAAACCUCAAAAUUGUCGAAACAAUUCCAUCCCAGUUGGCGAUUUACCGACCAUUCUAUCGAGAUUCAUAUGUUACGAGGCGAAUAUGAGUACGGAGAAUUGCAUGGAAGAUGGGAAAUUUGUGCCGGAGGGAAUCUACGAGAUGUCGUUGGCUUAUAGCCGUUCGAUCGAGGACUUUAUAAAUAUAUAUCCGGAUCUAUCGAGCUUGAUGGAAUGCUCGAGUUUGAAACGGGCCUUCUCGGAAAUUGUUGCGGGCCAAUGCAGGCCGAUUGAACUUUGGACAAAAGUGCUUUGGUCUUCCAUGUUAGGCCUUUCACUUGUUAUGAUUGUUUUAGUAUUGCUUUGGUCUUGUAAAUCCAUUUUCACUGCAUCACUCCAAAGGAGUAAUUUAUAAAUCUUUUUUUGUUAAUAUUAAUAACAUGGGAUUAUUUUAUUUUUAA